CAUUCGUUCUACUUUAGUUAUGAACCGACCGGAAGAGUACGCCGCAUCCAACGGUCUGCAGUACCGUGAUGUAAAUAAUCUAAUUAAAGAAUUUCCUGAGGAUUUCAGAGAAAUGCAGGGUCGCGUUAUCGACGUUGGCUGUGGUCCCGGCAAUAUAACGAAGGAUUUGCUCCUUCCAAAUGUGGGCAAGGAUGCUAUGGUCAUUGGUGCUGAUUUAUGUGCGGCUAUGAUUGAAUAUGCGAAGCAACAUUAUGAAUUUAAAGAUAAACUGUCCUUCAUUCAAUUAGACAUUGAAACACCUGAACUAUCUAAUAACUUGAUCGGACAAUUUGAUAAUGCUGUCUCGUUUUAUUGCCUCCAAUGGUGUAGAAAUACGAAACUCACGAUGGAAAACUUUUACAAACUCCUUCGGUCAGGAGGCAAAGCCAUCGUUCUCAUGGUUUCGCAUUACAUGAUUUUCGACAUCUACUCGGAGCAGCAGAAAGAUCCAAAGUUUGCGGCCUAUAUGCAGGAUUUUCUGAAAUUCACUCCUCCUCACCACGGCUAUCCGAAUGCGGAGGAAAUGCUGAGGGAAGAUUUGAAAGAGGUUGGAUUCGAGAUACUGCACUGUACUAAUAGAUGGAAAACUUUCAUGUAUUUAAGUUUGGAUAGUCUGGUCAAUUUUCUGAUGUCUAUCAAUCCUUUUUUGGAACGAAUGCCAGAUGAUGUCCAGAAAGAUUACAGAAAAGAUUUGGAGGAAAGGAUCAAGAACGAGUACAUGUCCCGAAAAUCGAAUGAGGAUUCCAAUAACUGCAGUAUCGAGACUCUCAUCUCAUUGCUGAUAGCGAUAUUCAAAAAACCUUGAAAUAAUUUGAAUAGUUUGAAUUUAAGAAGAAUUUGGUUGAGAUGAAUUCCUUGAAGCUUCUAACCUUUGGCAUCCUUCAGUGGAUGAGAAUAAUUCAAUGGAGUACAAGUAGAAAAACAAGUGGAAAAUUGCUUUUGUCUUCAUAUAGCAUAGCUAUUUUACCUAAACCUAAUACAUUAACAGGAAUGGUGAUUUUGGACAUAAUUUUCUUCUAUCGUAUAUCAUUCAUCAUUUUAGACUAUUUUGUCCAAUUGAAUAAUAUUUCUUCUGUAAUCCAUUGUGUUUGAUUUCUUAUGAAAAUUGUUGUAUAAAUCAAAUGAGGAAA